CUUCUUGAUUUCUGCAAAUUCAGUCUCCGAGAAAGAAGAGAGAAAUGGAAGGAGGAAGAGAGGAAGAUGGGAGAGAAGAGAAUAAGAAAAUAUCAAUCAUAGCAAUUCCAUGUUAUGAAGAAGUAUUUGAUAAUUCUCAGCAAAACCCUAAACCCAAUCAAUCUCUAUUUAAUCCAUCUCCUUCAUUCUCUCAGGCUUUCUCUUUUAUUAAGAACACUGAAUUUUACACACCUCCUCCUCCAACUCCUCCUACGCCAUCUGUUCCUGCAACUUCCCCAUCCCCAUCCCCCUCUACUCCUAAUAACUCAUCAAGGACAAUUGGACAUUCAGAUGCUUCUCCUUCUACUUCCUCGUCUGUGCAAUCUGGUCAAAAUCGCAAUGCCAUUCUUGUCAGCCAUAGACAAAAAGGGAAUCCAUUACUCAAAUAUAUUAGGAAUGUAAGGUGGGUGUUUGCAGAUGUGGUUUGCGAUUACUUGCUGGGGCCUAAUUCAUGCGCUUUGUAUCUAAGUGUACGAUAUCAUCUGCUUCAUCCAGACUAUCUAUAUUUCCGGAUAAGGGAACUGCAGAAGAAUUUCAAGCUCCGGGUUAUUUUAUGUCAUGUUGAUGUGGAAGAUGUAGUUAAGCCUUUGCAGGAAGUGACAAGGACCGCAAUGCUUCAUGAUUGCACACUUUUAUGUGCUUGGAGUUUAGAAGAAUGUGGCCGGUAUUUGGAGACAAUUAAGGUUUACGAAAACAAGCCUGCAGACAUUCUUCAAGGACAAACAGACACAGACUAUUUAUCCAGGCUGAGCCAUGCACUUACAACAGUUCGGCAUGUUAACAAGACUGAUGUGGUUACUCUUGGUUCUACCUUUGGGUCCCUUAGUAACAUCAUGGAUGUAUCAAUGGAGGACCUAGCUCGCUGCCCUGGCAUAGGUGAGCGCAAGGUAAAACGGCUGUAUGACACAUUUCAUGAGCCGUUCAAGCAUGAUGUUUCUAGCCUACAUGCUACUACUGGUACGGAAGCACCCUCUGACAGUAAUGCCGGCUCCUCUUCAUCAGAUAUCAUACUGGAACCUGGGAAUGGAAGCGGAGUUGCAAACAAGUUGAUGAAAAAGGAACCCAGCUUGACAGUUAAGUCUGCGCUUAAAGCUGCUUUCGCUAAGUACGCCGAUAAGGUGCAUGCAAAACCGCCAGGUGAAAAAGCUGAAGAAAAGAAUUCUUUGUCAGUAGAAGUGAAAGAGCAUACCAUGGAACCUGAGAAAACGAAAUCCAUAUCUGUAGAAGAAGUGGAAAAUAGGAAAUCUGAUGAAGAAGUGGACUAAAUGGUUGCAAGCUCGACCUGAUGUAGUCCGUGACACCAUGGACAGAAUCAUGUGGUUACCUGCCAGCGGUCAGAUUGAAUUUCAAGCUUCAACAAGGGUUUGGAGCAGGAAUCAGUCAUAUGAUCGCCAUUGCUUACCUGUUUAUAGCGAGGGUUCUUGCUUAUGUUCCUUGUGAUCUCCUAUUUCUUCAAAAGUCAUGCAGGCACCAACUGGUUAGAUGUUUUCUUUGUGGGAAGUUGAACAGCAAAAUGUUCUACAGAGAAAAUAUUGCUGCACGAAGUUGAGGUUGUCCUUGGUUUUUGCGCAUCUGAUUCAUUUACCUGAUGCGGAAUUUUUUCAAGUUAGCUUGAAAAGUCGGUUUGAUUUGUAGAAAAGGAAAUUGGUGUGGUUUAAUGUCGUGGAUUGUGAAUCAGAUAAGUGAGAGAGUACUCUGUUCUUCC